GCUGAAUUCGUGUUUUAAUUUUUUUUACAUUUUACCAUAUUUUUCAAUAUUUUGUAGUAAUUUUUUUUUAGAUAUGCAUAAAGUUUUAGCGGAAUAGUCCGUUACCAAUAAAUAGAAUAUUUUCUGUAAUUUCCAGUAGUAAAAAACCAUGGGUACAUGUACACAUAGAUAUCAGCAAAUAAUAGCAUUUACCUUAGCUGCGCUCCUAUUGGGUUUUGGUAUAUCCAUGGCAAUAUUAUGGAAUAACUCAUUUAUAAAUAUAAGAAAUAAGCAAUUAUCAGUGGCCCAUGAUACACAAGGCUUUAAAAUGUGGAAAGAAACUCCCAUUCCAAUGUAUAUGGAGUUUUACUUAUUCAACUGGACGAAUGCUAAUGAAUUUAUGGAUAAUAAAUGGCCUACAAAGCCCAAUUUUCAAGAAUGCGGACCCUAUACGUACUCAGAACACCAUAUUAGGGAACAGCUGACUUUUAACGAGAAUAAUACUAUUACUUAUAAAACAAGAAAGGUUUGGAAAUUUGUGCCUGAAAAAUCCAAAGGGAAGCUGGAUGAUAAAAUCACCACAAUCAAUACUAUUUUAGCUGCAGUGGCGGAUAAAGUAAAAGAAAAAUGUUUCAUAGUCCAAGGAGGUCUUAAUAUUUUCAUUAAAUUAAAAUCCGAACCUUUUAUUUUGACAAGGACAGCAGAAGAAUUUUUAUUUAAAGGAUAUGAUGAUCCUUUCAUUAAGUUAGCCAAUAAACUACACAUCAAAGGGUUGGACAUCCCCUUUGACAAAUUUGCAUGGUUCUAUGGUAGAAACAAUAGUGUGGAUUAUGAUGGUGUUUUAAACAUGUACAGUGGCGUGGACGACAUUAAUAAGUUGGGUAGGUUGCACAGUUGGAACUAUAAAAGUCAAUUGGACUAUUAUCCGGGUGAAUGCGGGAGAGUACGCGGUACCAGUGGUGAAUUAUGGUACCCACCUCUUGAUAACGAAGUUUUGGAAGUUUUCUCACCUGAUAUCUGCGGUACGAUUAAAAUUCGAAAAAAUGGUACCAUCCUGCAUAAUGGCAUCAAGGGUAACAAAUAUUUGGCAGCACCGGAAAUUUUCGACUAUACUGAGCCACAAAACCAGUGUUACCUGCCAAAAGGGGUUCAUUUGGCUAAAUUAUGGUGUUAG